AUGGAACCCCGGUGGUGGAUUUUGAUUGCGGCGGUCGUCGGUGUGGCCCUCGCCAGGCAAACGCCUCGACUCCACGAUGGAUCUUACGAGAUGCUGUUCUCCCAUGAAACCGAAAAAUCUGGCAUCAAGGUGCCGCUGAUUCCAUCGUCGAACACCCUCUUCCCAGAGGCAGGCAACAAGGAGAAAUCUGGCUCCCAGCGUAGGCGCGAGGAGAAGGAGGAGAAGGAGACCACCGAUGAGCCAGAGGUGACCACCCUCGAACCGGAGACCACCACCAAGGAGAUUCUGUGUCUCGACUUUGACGAGAACUGCGACCGUAUGCAGCCCCUUUGCGAGAAUCCCCUCUACCACGUCAUGACCACCAAGAAAUGCGCCAAGACGUGCAACAAGUGCGAGGAGUUCCAAAAGUUGCCAUACGGCAUGCGGUGCAAGGAUGUGCUGAAGACCUGCUCAACCCGGAUGUGCGAGUCGGACUUCUACGACCUCGUCUACAAGAAGCACAAAUGCGCCCGGACUGCGGCUCAUCGGCAGAUGGCAGCGACGAUGGCGAAGGCGGUCGAGGCACCGCUGAAGCGCAUUAUGAUGUGUCGACCCACGCAUUUCCAGGUCUCCUAUGCGAUCAACCCGUGGAUGGACAUGCGCCGCGGGGUGAACAAGCCGCGUGCCCUGGAGCAGUGGGAUGAGCUGAAGCACGUGCUCACCCAAGCCGGCGCGCAGAUCCACGUCAUGGAGCCGCAGGCUGGAUCCGAGAACCUGCCCGACAUGGUGUUCUGCGCCAACGCGGCCGUGAUACGCGGCAAGAAGGCCUACCUCGCCAACUUCCACUUUGACCAGCGCAAGCCCGAACGUCAACACAAUAAGGUGUUCCUCGAGGGAGAGGGAUACGAGUGUGUCGGCAGUGAAGCGCUCGCUUUUGAGGGCGCCGGCGAUGCGCUGUGGGCGGGCAAGGACUUCUCGACGCUGCUCGUCGGUGUCGGCCCCAGAAGUGACCCGAAAAUCCUGCCCGACCUUCGCAAGGAGUUUGACGACUACGGCGUGCGCAUCGUCGGCUGCAAUCUGCUCGACCCGCGCUUCUACCACAUUGACACGUGCUUCUGCCCGCUCAACGACGAGGCGGCCAUCUGGUUCCCGCACGCCUUCGACGGGGUCACCCAAUGGCACAUCAAGUCGACGACGGGCACCAUUGAGGUGGACGACCGUGAGGCGAAGAACUUUGCGUGCAACUCGGUGGUGGUGGGCAAGACGGUGGUGAUGAACAAGGGCAGCCAGCGGAUCGCCGACACCCUUCACAAGCUCGGCUUUGAGGUUGCCCAAGUCGACAUGAGCGAGUUCAUCAAGGCGGGCGGAUCGGCCAAGUGCUGCACGUUGGCCCUC